GUUGGUAUAGUAGAAGAACCAGACAAAGCGGUUCUAACACAAGCAUGGAAAUCAUGGAUAGAAGAGCACAUUAAAGAAACCGGAAAAGUCCCGCCGGGGAAUAAGUCAGGGAACAACACAUUUGUCAAACAGACUCCUAGAAAGAAAUCAGAUAUCCGUCUCACUCCAGGUCGCCAUGUUGAGCUCACUGUUCCGUUAGAGGAACUGAUUGAUCGUUUAGUGAAAGAGAGCAAAGUGGUAGCUUUCAUAAAAGGAUCAAGAAGUGCUCCUCAAUGUGGAUUCUCACAGAGAGUAGUUGGGAUUCUUGAAAGCCAAGGAGUCGAUUAUGAAACGGUUGAUGUUCUUGACGACGAGUUUAAUCCUGGGCUAAGGGAGAAGCUGAAGAACUACAGCAAUUGGCCAACGUUUCCACAGAUAUUUGUGAAAGGAGAACUUGUAGGAGGUUGUGAUAUAUUGACCUCAAUGUAUGAAAAUGGUGAACUUGGCAACGUCUUGAAUUAGUUGUGAUAUUUGUGUAACUUCAAACAUUCAUAAUUGGGAAUCCUAAUAAACACGCUUGAAUUCUCUUCCAUUU